UCAAAUAACAUGUUGUAACAAAUACAAAAAUAUGUAUUUAAACUAGCAUAAAUAAAACGCUUAGUUUGUGCAUGUAGAUUUGCAUCACCGGUGUUUUGGUGAUUAGCUCAUUGCGUCGACCGAGCAGCAUCUUCAUCAUCAUCAUCAUCAUCAGACUACGGAAGUCACAGCUUUGCUCUAUGACUUGUACGAGCACGUUUCUUGUACGCUUAUUCCCGGUUUCGCCCCUUGUGCUGUGUGUUUUCUUGAGUAUAACUAGCUAUUUGUAACUAUGGCGAAGGUGGAUACCUCCUCUAGCAGACCUUAUCACAUUGUUAUUUUCGGGGCUUCGGGUUUCACCGGGCAGUUCGUGGUUGAAGAGGUGGCCAGGAUCGUGUCGGAGGGCCCGAAUGGGACGCUGAAAUGGGCUGUGGCUGGGAGAAGCAGACAGAAACUGGACAAAGUUCUAGAGCAGGCCGCCGGAGCCCUCGGUAAGCCAGAGCUGAGGACUGCAGUGGAGGUCAUUGUGGCUGAUGUGGGAGAGCCUGAUUCUCUGGCCGCCAUGUGCAAACAGGCUGUUAUUGUUCUCAACUGUGUGGGGCCAUACAGGUUCUGGGGUGAGCCUGUGGUGAAGGCAUGCGUGGAGAACAGCGCACACUGCAUUGACAUCUGUGGAGAACCCCAGUUCCUAGAGAGUAUGCAGUUGAAUUACAACAGCCAGGCAGCUGAUAAGGGAGUGUACAUCGUUGGGGCUUGUGGCUUUGACUCCAUACCUGCAGACAUGGGAGUCCUCUACACCAGGGAACAAUUCAAAGGGACACUUACAGCUGUGGAGAGCUUCCUGACAGCCAGCACAGGACCUGAGGGUGGAUCUAUCAAUGACGGGACAUGGAAGUCGGCCAUCUAUGGUUUUGCUGACAGCGGGAAGCUGCGGAGCCUCAGGAAGAAGUUUGGACACAAACCUCUCCCUGUGGUGGGCUCAAAGAUCAAACGCAGGAGUGCCCUGUUCUAUAGUAAUGAGGUUCAGCAGUAUGCAGUCCCAUUCAUGGGAGCCGACCCCUCGGUGGUGAAGAGAUCUCAACGCUUUCUACUGGAGGAACACCAGGAAACACCUGUCCAGUAUGGUGCAUAUGCAGGAGUAGGAGGUGUGGCCAACAUCGCCAAGAUGCUAUUUGCCGGGAUGAUGUUCUGGUUCCUGGUCAAAUUCAACUUUGGACGAAACCUGCUGAUUAAGUUUCCAGAGUUUUUCUCCUUUGGUUUCUUCUCCAAGGAUGGACCAACCAGAAAGCAGAUGGAGGGUUCAUCCUUCCAGUUUGCGUUCUAUGGAGAGGGCUACACUGAGGGACAGGACCCCAGCCAGGGACGACCCAACGCUAAGAUCCGCACACUAGUCCAAGGACCAGAGGCAGGCUACGUGGCCACGCCCAUCGCCAUGGUACAGGCUGCCAUCACCAUCCUGAACGAACCCACAGCCCUCCCCAAGAAGGGGGGUGUGUACACCCCAGGAGCAGCUUUUUCCAGAACCACGCUGGUGGAGCGCCUCAACAAACAUGGCAUCCAGUUCUCUGUCAUAUAAUGUGGGACCUCCUCUGACCCGACCCCUUACCCCGGGUCAUCAGUAUUGGCACUCCACUGGUGUUCUCACUAAUGGUCAUGCUGCAAAGAGAAAAUUGGCUAUAUCAGCAACAUCUUAAUUUGGUUGAAGGUUAGAUUUGUCCUUCCUUCUACCUUUGCAGCAUGGCCCGAUAAUGACCACCCUCUGUCUGACUGGGACUGUAGAGUCUUUUAAGAGACCGUUACUUUAUUGUCAAAUAAUGUCGCCUCGGCUUUAAUAAACUCGCCAGCGGUUGUACAGUUUGUGUAGAGUAGGAUACAAAUGCCUCUUCUCCCCUGUGUGUGUGGUAGGUGUUCCAUGCCUGUGUGUGUGGUGGGUGUUCCAUGCCCGUAUGCGUGUUGGUGUGUGCCUGUGUUUUUCUUUCUCAAUAAAAAGCCUGACUGCAUUGUUAUGGAUGUUCUGGUAAGUUCUAUGUCCUUUCUCUGUUUAGUUUUCAAGCACAUCGUCAGAAACCUUGUUUCAAGAGAAUCAGCACUUAUGAACGGUUUCAGAAAUUUUUCAUUUGUGAACCGUAAUGUGCAGUAUUCCAGUAAUCCAACAGUUUUGCUGGAUCUGUUUUUAAGGAAUGUGCAGCAACAUUACUUACCUGAGAUUGACAAAGCAGUGCUUGCUGCUUGUAAGAAAUAGGUGUUUGAGUUCAAAACACACAGAAAGAUGGAGUGACGUGGCUUCUCUGUGUUUCACUGAUUUAUGCGUGUGUGUUGGGGCAGGUUUUGUCCUUGUUCUGUUUGCCUGUUAGGGCUAUAGUUCUUCUCUACCUGAGCGAAUAAAACCAAGACUACUGAAGUCAACCAA